AUGAAGCUGCUCGUAGUCAUCGGCCUGACGGGAGAACAAGGAAGUUCUGUAGCAGAACUUUUCUCCCACAAACCAGGCUGGAAAGUCCGCGGUAUAACCCGCAACCCCUUCUCUCCCAAGGCUCAAACAUGGCUCUCCAAAGAUGUUGAAGUAGUGAAAGCGGAUCUCAACGAUCCCUCAUCGCUGAGUUCGGCAUUCUCCGGCGCCACUGCUAUCUUCUCCUAUACCAACUUCUACGAGCCUUUCUAUAGCCCUGCAACGAAAUCACUGCUCAAAGAAGGACAAACAAUCAAUGAGUACUGCUUUGAGAAGGAGUUGCAACAAGGGAAAAACAUCGCUGAUGCUGCAAUUAAGGUUGAGGGCCUGGAGCGGUUCGUUAUUUCAGCGGAGUGUGACUCGAGGAAGUGGAGCAGGGGCAAGUACACCUGGGUGUAUCAUUUUGAGAGCAAGGCGAAGAUGGUGGAUUAUAUCAAUGAGCGUUAUCCACAACUCGCAGGGAAGAUGAAUAUCAUAUAUAUGGGUGGUUAUAUGUUGAACUGGAAGGAACAUUUGCAUUUCAGGAAGGCAGAAGAUGGUACUAUUCGCAUGGCUAUCGUUAAAGGGCCCUCGAAUGCUUCCCGCCCUAUGAUCGAUACCUCGCGAGACAUUGGAACUCUUGUGAGCGCAGCAAUCGAAGCCGCUCCAGGCAAGAAAAUCCUCGGUGCCGGGGAUAAUACCUCCUUGGAAGAUCAAUUCAAGCUCUGGUGCAAGAUCCACAAACUUCCCUAUGGUGGUUUUGACGUGAUGACUGUUGACCAAUUCGAUAAAAUAUUGCCUAUUCCUGGACUAGGGCGGGAGAUUGGAGAGAUGAUGUUGUUUGGGGAUGAAUUUGGAUGGGGAGGUGGUGAGGAUGUUGUUCUUCCGCAAGAUCUCGGAGUUCCUUGUCCGCUGACAAGCUGGGAAGAAUAUAUCAAGUUGGAAGAUUGGUCGACGGUAAUUUCUCCUUUGAUGUGA